AUGUUCAAAAUUCUGCUUCUAUUCACGUGUAUGUGUGUUGGUACAUCCGAUGCGGUACUUUACGACUGUUUCACCGGAGAACCUGUAAAUAGAACUUUGUUGAGGAUCUAUGAGCAGAGGAACGUUGUUGCAAACUGCACGGUGGAGAUAGAUCCAUGUGACCCCACUGAAUGGCGACGUGUGGAUGGAUCGUGUAACAACUUGAAGCACCCGAGUAGAGGAACUCAGCGCACUCCUUCAUUUAGGGUCCUAUCGCCAGUAUUUAGCCAUGAUUAUGAACCAAGAAAAGCAGUCAGUGGAGCUUCUUUGCCUCUACCAAGGAGGCUGAGGACGGACCUCUUGUUAAUGGGCUCAACUACAGACAUGAAGCUAACGCAGCUGUUUUCUUACUACGUCUUAUUCAUGAUCUCUGAUGUUCUAUCUUCUCAUGACAUCAUAAAUUACCUUCAAAAUAUAACUACUUGCUGUACUCCAGAAGGCCAGAAUAACUAUAACUGUAUCCCAAUCAGGGUUCCUGUUGACGAUCCGGUGCAUAGAUACUCUGGGGUCCAUUGCUUGAACCUCACCAGACCGCAAACCUUUCAGACAUAUAAGUGUUUGGACAACGGAACCACUUUUGCAAGAAUUGUUUUUCAGACUCCAGUUUUUGAUUUAUCUCACAUUUACGAGUACCGACCAGGAUUCAUCAAUCGACUUAGAACUUUUGAGAAUGGUAUGAUGAAAAUCGAGGAAGAAGAUGGAGAAUUGUUUCCUCCCAGUGACCCGAAUUCUACCUACUGCUUUCAAAAUCAACCACCCAAAGAAACACGCUGUCAUAUGUACCAAGUGAACAACGUGCUUGGUUCAAACAUAUGGAUCAUCUUGAUGUACAGACAUCACAAUCAGAUAGCUCGUGAGCUGCACAGACUCAACCCGUGCUGGGAUGACGAGCGACUGUUUUACACCGCGAGAGACAUCAACAUGGCUAUAUCAGUGCAGAUAUACUUCUAUGAACUGCUACCUAUUAUAUUCGGUAAAAAGAAUAUGAUUAGAACUGGUCUUAUCGGUCGUGGAGGAGGAUUUAGGGAUUUGUACGAUGAAAAUAUUGAACCGAGGAUGUCAGACGAGUAUUUUUAUGGGAUGAGAUGGUUCCACAUGUUACAGAAGACAAGUAUGAAAUUGUACGACAAAGAUGGGUAUUAUAUCAAAACAUAUCCUAUGGUUAACGUUACUGCUCGAACAGGAUUUUUUGCUGUCGACAACAAUAUGCAACAUAUUAUACAAGGCAGUUUCAGACAAUUAGGUGGCUCCAUUGAUUGGACCAUUGAUUAUGAUAUGGCUGAUCGAUUGCUCGGAGCUAUUUUGUUUUCCUCGGAUGCGACAACAAGUGAUUUAAAGAAGGGAAGGUAUUUUGGUAUGCAGCCGUAUGUAAACUAUAAAGAGUUUUGCACCAACAGAAAAUAUAAUACCUUUGACGAUUUAAAAGACAGCUUUAGUCAGGAGCGUCUUCAUCGUCUAAUGAAGGUAUACAAGGACCCUAAGGAUAUUGAGUUGAUGGCUGCUUUGUGGCUUGAGAAGCCCGUCAAAGGUGGUAGAAUUCCAGAAACUUUGUACUGCUUGUUGACGGAGCAGUAUAGACGAAGUAUUAAGUCUGAUAGACAUUGGUAUGAGAGACCCAACAGACCCCAUGCGUUUACUGAAGAACAAUUAAGAGCGAUCCGCAAAGUCACUAUAGCAGGCAUGUUGUGCUCCAUCGGGGACUUUGUGACGGAAAUACAACCGCAUGCAUUUUUUGCUAUAUCUCGUAGCAAUCCUUUGACAAAAUGCAGUUCAUCAAGAAUAGGAAAAUUAGACCUGACUCCAUGGAAAGUAUCUGACUAGUCAGCCUAUA